ACUUCAAAAAUUAAACUAAAAGACGUCUGGGAAUGCAAUCGCGAAUGGUGCCAAAAUAGUAAUUAAGUAAUUUGUAACCAAUUAACAAUUAGGCAAAUUCUUUGGCGUAGAAAGGAUCUGAUGCUUGUCUCUGAAGCUACUGCGCUCUCGGGGUUGUACACCCCUCCUUUCAACUUCCGCGGAGAAAGGCCAGGCUUAGCGCUGCAGAUCCAGUGUUACCAGUGUGAAGAAUUCCAGCUGAACAACGACUGCUCCUCCCCCGAGUUCAUCGUGAACUGCACAGUGAACGUUCAAGACAUGUGUCAGAAAGAAGUAAUGGAGCAAAGUGCGGGGGUCAUUGCAACUCCUGAGCAUCACUCUCAACUUCUGGUUCUACCAGUUGGGCCCCAGUGGACUGAUGGCUCAGCAUCAGCAUGGAUGUGCAGUGCAGAACUUGGCACUUUCUGUUUUGGGGGAUUUGGGUUUUUUUUUUUUUUUGGCCUUUUAAAAUGUGGAUUGUUAGCUUUCUUGUUUGGUUCUUGUGGCCAUCUGCAAUUCAAACAGAGAGGGCUUGUUUGACUUUUAAAGUGUUCACGUCCGUGGCUAAAGAAAAGUAGUUAAGAGCCAGAAUGCAAAAUUGUUCAGAAAAGAACUACCUUCCAGGUCUUAUCCUCUCUUUAUUGCCUAAUAAACGGUGUUCAUCAUGACCAUCACGAGGCAUACAUAUAGAUAAGCCUUUUCUCCCGGAGAUGUUCCCAUGAGAGUGCAGAGACUGUCUAAAUUCUUUAUUUGGUGUUCUUUAAGAGAAAAAAAAAAUUACUUAGGAAUAGAUCGAUCUUUUUUCUUGCAGUUUCUUUCAAAGCUCAGUGAAAAUGCAUAUAGUUCAUUCCAAUUACCCGUUUCCAAGCAUUUUUCUUUGAGGGGCUGUUUCUAGUCUUGCAUAGAGUAUUUAUUGUGAUAUAAUCAUAACCCUGGUGCAAUAAGGGUUGGCUAUUUUUUGAGUAGAGAAAGAUUAGUCUCACUCCCAGACGAGCAUUCACAAAAGUAAGUUUGCCUUGGAAGUUGGACUUUAAAACUAAAUUACACAACAUGAGGUGAAAAGUAAUGGACUAUUAAAGACUCUGUUUAGAAAUUUCCAUCUCUUUACCAACAAAGAGCAGAGACAAAGGAAACUAUUGGAAAAGAUAAAUGCAUGAUGGUCCAUAAAGAGAAAACACAUGCUUUAUGCCACUAUUUUAAUUGAUCAUGGGGCAGAGAUUAAAGUGAGAAAACUAGGAAAAUAACUUAUUUUAAAAGCAUGUUUAUUGAAAGUAGGUUAUAAUAGAACUGUAGCCCCAGACUCUCUGUGAUGGCCCAAAAUUGCAUGUACAUCCUGGUGGGCAAGGAGAGCACAAUGUUCUGUAUCCUCUUUCUGACCCAAUGCAGCUCAACUCACCCAGCAGAAACAAUGUUAAGUGAUGAUUGUUUAUGAUGCUCAGAGCCCAGAGGCUAUUUGGAAUAGAAGAUUAAUUGGAAAAUACUUCCUAACCCCACAGAGAAUCACCACAAUAGAAUUAAGUUCUAGGAACACUGUGCAACCUGAAGCAAAUGGAACCUGGUGGGGUCUAGAGAAUGCCCAGUGGUUAUCACUCUUUUUUUCUCACCCAGGUUCUGAGAAACAAAACAAAGAAAAAGGCAGACGAGGUCAAAAUAUCACCGUUGUUACUAAGGACGACUAGGUUGGAGGGAAUAGCAUUGGGAUGAAAAUCAGAUGGGCUUCCAAAUUAGCAUCUUCAAAUUAGCUGGUUCACCCAGUCACACACAAGGCCAGAUACAGAAAGCUUCUUGAUCUGAGGCUCAGAGCAGAAUACCUGUCUGCUAUGAGCUACUCCAAAGAAGGAAAAGGAAGGGGAUGACCAUGAAUGUCCAGUUUAUUCUUCCCAAAUUGUUGCUCCAUCUCCCUUGGAGAAGAGGGAGUAGAGGUUGAGAGAGUCGAGGGUUGCACUAAUUGAGUUCCCUUUUAUGGAAGGAAACAUCCAAAUCGGAGAAAAUUAUUCUCAGUUAAUCUUCCUUCAAGCCUAUCACACUGAACAAUAGUCAUUUUGGGCCCCUAGUGCCUGUGAGGUGUGAGCGAAGUAGUUAAAUAGCACAAAUGUCUGGGGCUAUGGCUGUCACGUACACAGUCACACUCAUGGUAUUGGUCAUCGGCAUGAACAGUGGCCAGGUGUGUUUCACUGAAGCAUUUGUUUGUGUAGAACAUAGAAAAAAAUGAUAUAGACUUGUUCCUCACCCAUACUAAUGUCUUUUAUUAAAACUUUUUAUUUUGAAAUAAUUUGAGAUUUAUAGAGAAGCUGCAAAAAUAGUACAGAUUUUCCAUAUACCCUUUACCGGCUUCCACUAAUGUUAAUAACUUGUGUAACCAUAAUAGAAUUAUCAAAACUAAGAAAUUAACAUGGAUAUGAUGCUAUUAAAUAAUAGUUUGUACUUGGA